AUGCUUCGAAUUUCAAAAAAGAAGGAUGGGAAAUGGUUUGUGGACUUGUUUGACGACACACACAAUCUUGAAUUGAGCAUCACGCCAACGAAGGUGAUGAAACAUCGGUCUCAUACGAAGUUCCACCGUACAGUGGAAUGUAAAUCUCUCAUGGUGCAACUUAAUCAAUCAGGGUUGAAACCUUCUCAAAUUAAAAAGGCCAUUAAUGCAAUAAAAACCUCAAAUGAAGUUGAUGUAACUUCAAAACAAUGCGUUGAUGUAUUAUCUGAGCAACGACAACACAACAAAGGAAGGGAGUUUUAUGGACUAAUAAAACAUCUACAAGACAAAGCAUUGGUGGAUAAUGAUCAAUAUUAUGUUGUGGAUUUGUGCAGUGACGGGCGUCCUAAAAAUAUUGUUUGGGCUGAUGGAAGAUCAAGAGACAAUUUUACUAAAUUUGGAGAUGUUGUCGUGUUUGAUGUCACUUAUAUGACAAAUAAAUUCAAGAUGCAUUUUGCUCCAUUUACUAGGGUGAACCAUCAUGGACAGUCUAUACUUUUUGGUGGAGCGUUGCUAGAAAAUGAAAAUGAAGAAACUUUUGUAUGGUUGUUUGAGCAUUUACUAAAAUUACAAUAUGACAAAGCGGUUUCGCCACGAAGGGCCGCCGAAGAAGAUGAAGAUUUCAAAACUAUGAACUCGAGGUCGGUUCUUUCCUCAAUACAUCCAAUUGAAGCAAAAGCAGGUGAGUGUUAUACUCGAAAGGUUUUUGAGAUUUUCAAAAAAGAAUGGAUAGAAGCUAAUAGCAAUUUAACGCAUGAGACUCUAAGCAAAAGUACAGAAGAAAUCAAGUAUCGAGUUGGGCAACUGGACGUUGACAAAAAAUAUUGGCAGAUUGUUAGCUUUUGUUUGUUAAACAAGAUGCAUGUCACAUGUUCUUAUGCUAAGUAUGAGACAUGUGGGAUUUUAUGCAAACAUAGCCUAUAUGUGAUGAAGAAGAGGCAUGUUCACACAUUUCCGAGUCACUACAUUUUACCUCGGUGGCCCCUUAAUGCUAGAUAUAAGGUGGGUAAACGUAGCAUCGGACUCGAAGAAAUAGAUAACGAAAACGGAGUUAGUGCUUACAUGUUAUGGUGUGUUCGUUCAAAUUUUAAUAAAGUAAUUGAACAAGCAAAAGACUCCCCUUCAGAAAUAGAAAACAUAAAUAACAUAUUGAUAAAGCUCUUACAAGAACAAGCAAUUCGGAAAAAACCAAUACCAGUUGAGAACGUAUCUCAAGCUUCUUCCAAAUCUAUUCCGUCUACCUCCUCACUUUCUUCUAUCUAUGAUAGGCUUCCAUUACUACCACCCUCCUAUAUUUGUCGCUAUCGCUACCCUGACGACAUUGUCGUUACCUUCAGUCAUCGUCUGCAGCCCCACUUCUACCUAGAAACUGUAACUCUAUCUCGCUGCCACCAUCGGACACUAUUAGCUGCAAGCCCUAACCCUAGAGUGUCCCCUCCCUCACUAAUUCUAUGGCUUUCUCCGUGUUCAUCUUCACCUUACUUCUCAAAGUCUCCACCGCCCUUUCCACAAAUCGUUCCUCCGUUCCUACAGCUUAAUAUCUCUAAUUUUGAUAUCCGCACCGGAGUGAACUUCGCUUACACUGGAUCCGGCUACGAUGACAUGACGUCUCAGAUUUCACAGGUGAUUCCUAUGACGAAGCAGUUGUAUUACUUUAAGGAGUAUAUAAAGAGAUUGAAGAAAGUUGUGGGGAUCAAAGUUGGGGGGGGGGGGGGGGGGUUGGUGUCAAUUAGUGCUGGAACAAAUGAUUUCCCGAUUAGCUACUACGAUCUUCCUUCUAGAAGAGAUGAUUUCUCCAUGGAAGAUUACCAGGAUUAUAUAUUGAAGAAGCUUCAGAAUAUCAUCAAUGAGUUGUACAAGCUCGGAUGUCGAACAAUGGUGGUUUCAGGGCUACCUCCGAUGGGGUGUUUACCAAUUCAAAUGUUAUCCAGAUUCUCGAGAACAUAUUUGAUGCAUCAGAACACCAAUGCUCGAGUCUACAAUCAGAAGCUCAUGAAUCUGCUGCCGCAUAUUCAAUCUUCUUUGAAAGGAAGCCAGAUUAUGUACACAGAUAUCUACACUCCGAUGAUGGAGAUGAUCCGAAAUCCACGAAAACAUGAUGUUGGUACAAUGUCUCCCUUUGAACACAGGGAGGCUUUUGUUCUUGACGUUGGUGGAGAGGUCGACCUAGAUUUAGGUAACUAUGAACGCUUCUUAGACGUGAGGCUUACUAGAGAUAACAACAUAACCACUGGAAAGAUCUAUCAGAUGCAGCAAAUAAGAGAAUACAACAAGAGGGGCAAGAUGAACUACAACUUAACAUCAAAGAAAUACCUGAUGAGUUUCGAUUGCCAACACAAGAGAUGUUUCCACCCGUUGAACAUUGAACUUAUGGAACUAAUUGAAGCUUUUGAAAAGCCUAGGCCUAUCACCCUACUGAACGAACACUAA